UUUUCUUUUUUUUUUUUGCAAUGAUAUUGCGAUAGUCAUCUGCUUUCCAAUCUAUCUUUCGCGGCCGACUAGAUGUCGUAGCUACAACCGUGUUGCAGCCAGCCAGGAGCACCCAUCGCGAAACAUUAGGUCUUUCUUCUAUCCCCACACCAAACUACCAUAGUCCCAGCACGUCCAACUAUAGUCACGAUCUUGAUUUCCUGUCUUUUUCUCUUUGGAACUUCGACUUCAUAUGCAUCUUUGUUCCAAAUCACCCUUACCUUACUAGGGGUAACUGCUUUGAAUUGCAGUCGACUACACAGUCCAUCUGCAACCAUGCCUAUACUGUUACGGUACGAAGUACCAAAGCAGGAUGUGAGAGUUGUACAGAACUUGAAAGCACCGAAGCAUGCGCGGUACUACUCUCGAGCUCCUCUUAACUCACCGGCUACUUCUAGCUAUCCUUCCACACCCAACUAUCCGCCAACUCCAGGCUACCCGCCAACCCCAAGUUACCCGCCUACUCCAAGUUACCCGCCUACUCCAGGGUACCCGCCUACUCCAGGUUAUCUAGCUACUCCAGGUUAUCCAACUACCCCAAGUUAUCCGCCUCCUACAAGCCAUCCAGCAACUCCUGGUCCUCCAGCAACUCCAAGUUUUCCAUCAACUCCACGUCAUGGCGCGAGCUCGAACUAUCCACCUACUCCAAUCCACUCAGCCAGCCCAACCCACCCGGCUACUCCAAAUCAAUCUUCAAGUCCAAGUCAUCCAACAACUCCUGGUUUCCCUGAUACGCCUGAUUUCUUUUAUUCAGAGAAACGGUUCUUGGUGGAGCCAGACGUUGGGGAUCAAAGAAAGAGUAUAUACAGAGCAUUACCAUCGCCUCCUACAACGACAAAAAGAGUUAUCAAAAAGAUGCGAUUGUCCGCCUUUCUUUCUUUUGCGAGCUCAGCCACUAGUUUUGUGUUGACUCUUUUGUUUGUGUUAGCCGGACGGGAACCUGGUAUGCUAGAUGACGGAUUCAUGAUUUCUGUCAACGCUUCAAAGCUUGGUCAAGACAUCAUUCGCUUCGAGCCAGCUACAAUCUCAUCACCAGCUCUAUUGACUCGGCAGGAUUCGAGCCUUUCGGAACCCACAAUGCCAGGUUAUGGGGUGGAUCCGUCUGAUCGCUUGACAAUGCUGCUAGACCCUGUCUUGAAUAACAUCACCAACAGCGGGAGUCAAGGUGUCGGGGAUCUUAUCAACGAGGUGAUUGCAAAGGUAGUAUCUUCUGCCAAAAUGAGAGAUCAGUACCUGCUUUAUCUUGAAACAAUCUGUGAGGGUGACUCCACAGUCGACAAGUGUACCUCUUACCAAGAUCAAUCCUCCGGAUUUCAUGCGAUAAUGAACAACCUUAAAUCUUCUAUGGUUGUUGGCCAAACCAAGAUAUCCGUACCUCUUCUCGACCAACUAUCUACUUCUCUCAGUAACAUCUCAUCUGCUAUAUCAACCCUCCGGAUGUGUGUCUACGGUUUCCUCGUUAUCUCACUUAUCUGGUCCGGGAUAUCGCUUGUCGCCUCUAUUCCCGCAAUCUUCUUUCCACAGUCUCGACUCCUCAUCUACUUCAAUCUCGUAGCGCCUAUAAUUGCAUCUUCGUUUCAUUUCCUCGCGGCCGAAAUCCUCACCGCACUUAUAGUCGGUAUCAAUGGCUUUACUGCCGGCUUCGGACAGGCAGUUGGCCUGGUCGUAGGUCAAGGAAGCGGAGCGUUGUUAUUUGCAUGGCUGAGCUGGCUGUUUGUAUCCUUUUCCGCGGGAUAUUGGAUUGCUGUGUGGUUCGUUGAGGUCAGGUUGUGGGCGUUUGUCCGGCGAGAGCGAACGCCUAGCCAGAGGGGUGAUUGGAAAGGAAUUAAGAAGGAGGUCAAAAGCGACUUGAAGGGACGUAAAGAUAUAUGAAAUCGCCCCGAAUUGUUGAGGUACAUACCUUCAAACAUUUUUAAGACAUGAUUAGAUACGGGAUUGCGGAACGUGUCUUUUUCUUUCGACAGACUGGUCAUUUUCGCUACUGAACGACGG